UUUUAAUGUUUCAGAGUCUCAGUUUUUAGUUGUCUGGGUUUGUUUUUAGGUUGCAGAACAGAUAAUUUUGUAGAAAAAUGAGGGAGAGAACAGAUAAUUUUGUAGAAAAAUGAGGGAUUUUCCAUCAUGUUUUGGUGAAAAUGGUGUUCAAGUGGCUGAUUCAUCAUCAUCAUCAUCAAAUGCUUGUAAAAAUGCACAUAAUUUAGUUACCUGUGUUUAUCAAUGUCGAAUUCGAGGUAGAUCUUGUUCGAUAACUGUUACUUGGAGCAAGAGUUUAAUGGGGCAAGGCUUGAGUGUUGGUGUUGAUGAUUCAUCUGCAAAUCAGUGCCUUUGUAAAGUUGAUAUAAAGCUUUGGUUGUUCUCUAAGAGAAGAGGGUCCAAGAGGUUAGAGGCGAAUUCGUGUAAAAUCAAUGUAUAUUGGGACCUUUCGACGGCGAAAUUCGGUUCUGGACCGGAACCGGCGGAAGGGUUUUAUGUCGGUGUUGUUGCCGAUAUGCAAAUGGUAUUGCUUCUUGGAGAUAUGAGGAAAGAAGCUUACAAGAAGACUAGUGCGAGUCCUUCUCCUUCCGACGCCCUUUUCGUGGCCAAAAAGGAACAUGUUUUCGGCAAGAGGGUGUUCGGUACCAAGGCGCGGUUGUGCAAUAACGGUCGAAUUCAUGAUCUGAUGAUUGAAUGCGACAUGAUCGGAUUCAAUGAUCCGUGCCUUAUGAUUCGCGUGGAUGGAAAGACUUUGAUGCAAGUGAAGCGGCUACGGUGGAAGUUCCGGGAGAACUGUACCAUUUCGGUUGAUGGAAUGGCUGUAGAUGUUUACUGGGAUAUCCACAAUUGGCUCUUUGAAACAUCUGUCGGAAAUGCUGUUUUUAUGUUCAAGGCAUUGCCCGCCAUGGAUGAUAAGUUGUGGAUCAGCCAACCGAACCCUAAUCCGAGCACGUUGCAACGGUCUUUCUCGCAGCUGUUUCAAGAAUCCAAGUCACGAAAUAUCGGCUUUUCACUGGUUUUGUAUGCUUGCAAGAAUGAGUAGGACAGAAAGUGCUAACGAAAAAACUGAUAUCGAGUGGUGAUGUUUAUCUACUCUAUUCAUCAAUCACAGUUUAUUCGAGUGAAAACGGAUACAUUCGGUUUUCUUUUUUCGUUCUUAGUCGGCUGUAUAUUAUCGAUACAUUAGU